UCUAAUCUGUCAUAACAUUGAGAUUUUGAGAUUUGAGGUUGUGUUUUACUGAUAGGGUUAUGAAUAAUACCUAUUUUAAUGGAAUAUUAUGGAGGAAGAUCAAGUUUCCAAGACAAAACAAGAUCAGUUUAUGAAAGUAUUCAAGUAUUAUAAGUCCAACAAAAGUAAACCUGUGUUACAGGAUGUCAUAUCAGUGGAUGAAUGUGGCAGUGAUAAGGUGACAGAAUUUAUUCCAGAAACUCUAAAAGAGGACCCACGAGUAGAAUCAUUGGGAUUAAAAAGUCCCAAAGAAUGGCAGAUUGUGACUAUCAACAGAAACCCUGGACUUUUGUUUAUCAGGAAUCCGUUUACAGCUUUAGGACAAAGAUAUUGGAUAAGGAGAUGCCUUCAAGAUUAUUCAAAGAAGCCAAAUAGACUGAAUAUUGAUAUAGAUGGAUAUUUGCAAGACUGGUGGACUGAGUGUUUUAAAUUAAAGAAAUGUGAUCGAACGCUGCAGAAAAAGCUACGAUGGGCGACACUGGGCUAUCAUCACGACUGGGAUACAAAAAUCUACACAGAAGAGAACAAGUCUCCGUUUCCUGAGGAUUUAGCAGAGCUAUCGGAUGUGUUUGCCGAACUCCUUGGAUACUCUGAUUACAAAGCUGAGGCUGCUAUAGUCAAUUAUUAUCACAUGAAUUCUACCCUUUCUGCCCACACCGAUCAUUCUGAAGUUAAUUUAGAAGCACCUUUAUUUUCUUUAAGUUUUGGCCAGUCAGCAAUAUUCUUAAUAGGAGGCAAAGACAAGUCGGUAGAGCCAUCAGCAAUCCUUCUCAACAGUGGCGAUGUUGUGGUUAUGUCAGAAGAGGCUCGCCUUUGCUACCAUGCGGUACCAAAAAUACUCCCAGCCCCAAAUUCACCCUGGGAUGCAAAAGAUUAUGACAGUAUUUCAACCACAACCUCCAAAUUUAAAUACAUAUCAAGAUCAGAAGAGAUUGUUACCAAAAUGCAUGAAAAUACUGAUAACGAAAGUUGGUACCACUUUAGGAAUUACAUUCAAGAGUCGAGAAUCAACAUGAAUGUACGGCAAGUUUUAAACAAGAAACAAAAUAGUUUAUAAGAAAAUUUAUUUAUUGACAUUGUUGAAAUAUAUGCAAUUUUUAUACUAAA